GGCUGAUUGAAGGAAGGUAGCCCCAGCUGUUGAUAAAGUCGUCCGCUAAAUUUGAAUUUCCAGAGGGGCUCUCUUGAUGGAUUUAGCGCUCCGUAGUGGUCCUUAUUUAGUGAGUCUCAGCGGAUUCAGCACUUAAGUGCCUGAAGAUAGUUCUGCUCUCAGCUGGGAGUGGACCGUUUCAGCUGGCUAUACAAAAUCAAGCGGGCGAAGACUUUUGGUAGCGACAUCCGUAGUGGUCCAACAUCCGUCCAACAGUCAAUUGCUAGCUACACACACUAGAACACUACGGCACUCAGGAUGGCUCGACCUACGUUACCACUUCGAAGACGAAGAGACACGGUAGAAGGCCCGGCCCCAAGGCGUCCGUUUCAUCAGCAUUCCACCGUAAUUGAAGACGCCUGGGCCAUCACCGAGAUCGCCGAGAACAUCUUGGCUCGUCUGCCCAUGAAGGACCUCCUCUUGGCUCAGAGAGUUUCUUCCGGCUGGAGAGAGCUCAUCAGCAUCUCGCCAGUCCUACAAGAGCUUCUAUACAUGCGACCAAGACAGCCUGGACCAGCUCAGGAGAUUUUGCCCGAUGGCACGCCGAUACGUGAUUUUAACCCGCUCCUCGUAAAAUACAUGCCUAUGUGGUUCUCUAAACGUAAAGACGCUUCGAACCAGUGGAUCAUGCAUGCCCCGUGGGCCCGGACAGUUUCGAGACUGACAUUCCUCCGCCGCGACGCGAGCUGGCGGCGAAUGCUCCUCGCACAGCCGCCAUUUACCGUGUUCGAGGGCGUCCAGCAGUGGCACGUUUAUGGUGCCGACUCGCUGGCCGUCGGCUGCCUCGAGCUCCCGGACGGCGUGCGCAUGGGCCUGGCCUACGACACAGCCGUAGCGUCCGUCGAGGGCCCGAGUAUCGGAAGCAUUCCCGUCUCCUUCUACACUCUUAUGGACGGGAGAACCUCCCAUUGUGCUCGAGGCCAGAAGGCGAAGAAUGAAUGGGAGAUGCCGGAGAGGAUAUUCGGAGGCAUAGACAAGUUCACGUUAAUCACCCAAAGCGAUGGAGGGCACUUGCAGCUAGAUCAUGAAACCCGCAGGAAAAUUGAGCUGCAACAUCGUGAGUAUACUAGCGUAGGAUCUGAGCCCGCCAAGAUUGUGCUUCGCAAGGUCCCCCGGAUUGUUAAGUAUCCUGGAUCCCUUUAUACGUGGUGGACUGACGAUGGUUAUAUAGAAGCUAAUGAAUAGUUGCUGAUUGGUUCCUGUAUCUCGACGGUUCAUGUCUUACACCAACAUGUUUCUAGCGCUCUAACCUUAAUAUGCU